AUGUCAACCAACUCCGUUACCAACUCUCCUCCUUCUCCUUCUCAUUCUCCUUCUCCUUCUUCGGACGAUCUUGAUAUAGGAGCAGGCCCCUCUGUGCCAUCUCAUCCGAGGGCGGCAGUUCCUCCGGCAGCCCCAGCAGUAGUGGCGGCUGCCGCGAUUACUUUUAUAUGUUGUAUAUGUAAUUUGGGAUUUGAUUCAGAAAAAAGUUUAUCGGGACACAUGAGAAUGCAUCCCGAUAGACCGUGGCGUGGAAUGUAUCCACUUCCAACGUUUUCAAGGGAUGACUUUGCAGAUGUUAUAGAAUUGUUGAAUGAUCCAGAAGAAGAAGAAGAAGUUGAAAAUGUGGCGGCUGGUGAUGGUGAGGCGACGACGGCUGGUGGUGGGGAGGGCGAGUUUGGGGGGAGGAGGUGGAUUCUCCCGGACUUGAACAAAACUCCUUAA